GUGAAAUCGGAGGAAAAGGACAUCUGCGGUUAUUCCACCGCCUACAAUUGCAUCGCAACACUGAAAUCCGACGUCAUCCUGUCCGAUUUGCACGAUAUAACUUCGAUUCGACUUCGUGAGCAGUGGCACUCGUACUUCGUACGAAGAGACCGCAACCAGCAAAAGAGGACGAAGAAGAAGCUCGUAAGCUUCAGUUAGCACGGUAAUGCUGAGAUCAAACUUUGAAGUAUUCCCGGAGAAUUAUUUGGAGACAAACCGGCGACUGCUACUAUGGGUAGGUUUAAACCGACCAGCCGGUGCCCAUGUGAUUAUAGACGCACUCUUCAUCAUCCGUGCAUUUCUCAUCAUUGGAGUCUACGCUGUACUGAGUAUAGGAUGCUAUGCUCACAUGGUACAUGUCACCAAAUUCGAUUUACUAUCCUCCAGUGUGAAUAUAAUGCAAAUUAUAAUAUCCAUUAUGGCGGUACUACACGUUGUCUAUCAUGGAACGAGAAACGCAGCGGUUCAUAAACUGAUCGCCAAAUCACGGAAGGUCUGCAGAUUUUUUACAAACACGGGUCACUUAACAAUGGAAAAGCAAAUACGUUGGAACAGAAUAUUGAGUUGCCUUUGGCUGACGGUAAUUGCCUCCAGCACUUUUGCUUUUUUCGUUUUGGCGAUAAUCGCCGGACAAGAUGCGAUUCCUGUCUGGGCUCCGAUAGAUCUGAAACAGCCACUUUACAGUCUAAUAAACAACGUUCUGCAACUCUCAGCACAAGUCAUGGUCGGGUCACUCGGUGGAUGCUUCAGCGGCUUCAGCAUGAGUGUUCUUUCAUUACUGACUUAUCAGUUUGAAAUGCUGUGUACAUCGUUGGAGCAUGUUGCUCCGCUGGCUGUAUUAAAGACACGAAAAAGGAUUCAGAACGAAGGCAGGCGACCGCUGAACGAUGCGAAAAACUCAAAAUCAGAGGACCUCAAAGUUUCAGGUGGUUGCGAGUGCUGCACAGAAGAGUUCAAACAGUAUUUCGAAUCUUUCGAGAAACGACGAUUCGAGAAAUCACUGACAUCUACGGAACAACUCAUUUACCAACACGAAGUAUACGACGCGUUAAGAGAUUGUCUCAUUCAUCAUCAGGAUCUUUUGGACUUUCAUGCUGACAUAGAGAAUUAUUUUGGUCCGGUAAUAUUCCUGAAGUUUGCCUUUUGCUCUGUAAUGUUGUGCUUCAUCGUCUUCAGUUCGAGCAAAUUUGUAUCCAGUGAAAAUUUCAGUCUAACGGACGCGACUUUUAUCAGCCUGGUGGCCUAUUACAUUGCCGCUGGUGGUGAAGUGUGUCUUACUUGUUUCGUGGCGGACAGGCUGAUGCGUAAGGGCGAAAUAGUGACGGAAGUAGCGUACAGAGUAUUACCCUGGCACGGUGGAUCUGUCAUGAAAAAGUUCGUUUCAAGCUGGCAAAUCUUUUGUCUCAGAGCUUCGACGCCCCCAAGCUUACGAAUUAUACUUUACACGGUAUCUCUAGAACUGAUGACCCUUUUGUUCCGGGCCAGUUUUUCGUUCUACACGGUACUUCAGAAACUCCAGUAAACCUAAAAAGUAUCUGAAUACUGACGCGUCCGCAAAAAGGCAUAUGUAUUCGUAGUAAAUUCGUAGAAAAUAUAUGUAUCUGUAGUAAUAAAAGUAUGGAUUUCGUUAUAGUGAUUGACAGAA